AUGAGGUUGUAUUUGCUGAAGAAUUUAGAGGUUCUCAAGGGCUUUGUGGUUAGUGAUACCAUCUACGAGGGAGUUGCGUGCAACCUGAAUUACUUGAAGAAAUUGAAGAAGCUCAGAAAGCUGAGCAUCAAGAUACACAGAGAUGAUCUCGGUGUGCACCAAUUGAUGGGGGAUCUUAUAAAGCUCAAAGCGUUGACGAGUUUGAAAGUGACAUGGAGGAGGGACUUAAACAUGGUCCGUGCUGGAAAGCCUGAGGAUUCCACAAAGAUUACGAGUAUUCCUGAUCAGUUAAAGAAAUUGGACCUGCAGCGUUUUCCGCACGAAGAACUUCCCACUUGGCUUCAUCCCCGCAAUCUGCUUCACUUGAAAAAGCUCCACAUCGGAGGAGGUAGAACACUCAAGGGUUUCGGUGACAAGCCGGAGAAGGCAACAGAAUGUUCCGUCGAGGUCUUACGUCUCACUUCCCUCCCCAAGCUAAGGAUAGGGUGGAUAGAGCUGAAGCAACUCUACUUCCCAAAGCUGACUUUCCUUGAGAACUACGACUGUCCAAGAAUUAGUCUCACUCCCUGCGACGGAAAUGGAAUCUGGAGAUCUGACCAAGACGACUAA